CACAGCAGGCCAGGAAAGAUACAGGACCAUCACCACAGCCUAUUAUCGAGGGGCCAUGGGCUUCAUUUUAAUGUAUGACAUCACAAAUGAAGAAUCCUUCAACGCUGUUCAAGAUUGGUCAACUCAGAUCAAAACCUACUCUUGGGAUAAUGCCCAGGUUAUCCUGGUUGGCAACAAAUGUGACAUGGAAGACGAACGGAUCAUCUCAACCGAGAGAGGCCAGCACUUAGGAGAACAGCUUGGGUUUGAGUUUUUUGAAACCAGCGCCAAGGAUAACAUCAACGUGAAGCAAACCUUUGAGCGCCUUGUGGACAUCAUCUGUGACAAAAUGUCAGAGAGCUUGGAGACUGACCCAGCCAUCACCGCUGCAAAGCAGAGCACCAGACUCAAGGAAUCACCUCCCCCACCUCAGCCCAACUGUGGCUGCUAAUGUCUCCCACACAGGAGCUCCAAGUGGCUCCCCAGUGGCCAAGACAUAGCAUUUAUAAAUGGUCUAUUAGCCUUCACUUAUACUGCCUAAGAAUUAUUUGAAGGAAGUCUUUGAUGUCAGUGGCCCAUAUAUGCAUUCAAACCUUGAGCAAUUUCCUGUGUUAAUACGUGGCAAAUUUGAGCUUACAUUUGUAAGGAACUUUCAUCUAUAAACACCUGGUACUUGCAUGUAACUUGUUAUUUAUUUGUCUUUUAGAAUUUUUUUUGCAAUUUUUUUUUUGAGCAAUUAAGCUAUUGCUGACACCUCAGACUAUAAUUUCACUGCACAUAACUUUUGUGUCAUGGAUUCAAAUCAUGCUUCUCACUUGUAUGGAUGAUGACUAGGGACCUCCUGUGUGUGUAUGCUGUGAACAGGGCGAGAUGACAGGAACUUAGUUUGGCUGAAAAGGAAGUGGGACUUUUGCUCUUGAUUGGAGACCCUAUCAGAGGUCUGAGCAGUUUACUAUUGGGAAAUGUAUAUACAUUGCACUUUCAUUAAUAAUAAUUGAAGAGUGUAUUGACUCUUAAAAAAAAUGAAGAGGAUGUGUACAGUAGCACUGGGAGUCUGAGGCAGGAGGAUGAAUUAAAGUAAGCCUGAGCUACAAUCCAUAAAACUCUUAUCAUAUAAAAAAUAGAAAAGAAAAUGAAAUUGAAAUGUUUGUAAGGCCUUUGCAAGUCAGUAAUAUUAACAUGACUGGAUCCAGAUAAAGAACAACUGAGGUCUGUGUACCCUACUACAGGGCUUAGCUUCCUACUGAUUCUUCCCAUGUCUGUCUAUGUGAGAGCAAUGACCCAUGAGGAGGCUUCUACCUAAUGUCAGCUUGCAACAAGUGCAGUAACAGGAGUGCCAUGAGGAGCCAUACAAUUCCAUGUCCUGAGUGGCCUCCAUUCCUUAAUGACCUGUCCUACCCCACAAAACCCCACCAUGGCUCUCUGGGGCCAGCACCAAUUCUGGAAGAGAGACUGGCUUGAUGCUCUGUCAGGGUCCCUUCUCAGAAAAGGCAGGCCAACUGCCCAACCACUUCUCUCUGCUCCAAUGUCAGCUAAGCUUUCCCACCUAUUCAGAAGGCAACUGGGUGACCUUCCCACGAAUCCCACACUGAGGAAGAGAUCAUUUUUAUUGCCAUGUUUUUCAAAAGAUUUAUAAUUCUAAAGCCUGCUCUCACCAGAUGAGCCUCUAAACAUGUUCAAGGUACACAGAAGAUUCCAGAGCUGAGUGGUACAGAUUAUUAAAGUGUCAUGGCAGUCAGAGAGAGAGAAGAGACAUUUGGAACAUCCAGUCUUUUCUUCCAGGUUUCCUGAAGACCACACAGAGAUAAUACACCAACAACAAAUCUGACCCUCUGUGCCAAGUGCAGGGAGAAUCUUUACCUUUCAGAAGUAUUUGUGGCUAGGAUCUUCUGAAGACACCAGGCAGCCCAGCCUGAAGGACAGGACAGUUUCGUUGGGUGGACUUUUUCCUUUUGAGUGGUACAAGGUUCAACCUCUCCUUUAAAAACAGAGGAACAUCUUGUGAAAGUGUUUAACUCAAGCUUGCUGGCCAUUGAGAGGAUAGUAUGUGCACAGUUUCUUUUCAUCUGCUUAGUUUCAAACUUAUAAAUUAGUGGUAAGUUUUCAUUUGGACACCCAGAGGAGCAAGCCCUGGCUUACCAAAGAUAAAAAGACACUAAUGUCUUAUUAAAUUUUAAUGACACCUAGAUCCAAAAAUCAUAGAAAUUAAUAUGACAGAGAAGAGAGAAGCAGGAGGCAUAAAGUCAGAUUUCUUUGCAAUAGUUAUGUAUUCAUGUGGCAUUGGCCUAUUUCUAUGACCAGGGCCAGAAUAUGGCCAUGUUGAUUACUACACACGUCAAACUCAUUUCUACAGUCUAAUACAAAACAAUAAAGCCAGAAAGCCUGGACCUCCUUUUCAUGCAUAUGAAGAGUGUGUAAGGCCUUGCUCAGGUAUUUUAAAAUGGCUUCUUCAGAAGGAUGUUGUGUGUGUUAUAAACUGAGAGCAAGUGAGAGAGCAAAGGUCACAUUUGCUUAUUUGAAAAUUCCCUGAAGAACUGGUUGAAAUUGACCAACUGAAGCCAAGUGCCUGCUCAUACACUAUCAGGAAUCCCAAAGUUAGACCAUUAUAAGCUAGUCAAUGGGCAAAAGGGCAGCAGUAACCCUGGUGUCGUUGCCCCCAGAGCAUGCCAUACCUCCUAUUUCCCAAGCUCCCAUGGAAACAUAGUCUUCCCAAUUGAUUUUAAGACAUGAAAUUCCCACCCUGCAGUGUAUCUCAUCCCAAAUAAUUCAAUAAAAAUUUCCAGAGAGACUUGUCACUAAAAGAGAAGGCCACCUAUCUUCUUGCCAUGACACAGGAAGAGAGAAGUUACUGUUGCUCAUGCCAUCAAGAUAUCUUUGUUGUAAAAUCAAAUUUGGCAAAUGGAAACCAGAUAAUAGAACAUCCAUAAGCCUUGAACUCUAUAGCCUAUCCAUUCUAACACUGUAAUCCUAAGAUUUUUCAACCUUUUCACUACAUACAUAUGUACAAAUACAUACUACACAUCCUGCCAUCUACCUAAAUGUGAAUAGAUCCUUCUGACCAAUGACCUGCCUGAAGUUGUACCUAAAAAGAUGCUUAAAAACUACAUACUUGUCUUCAUUUGUAGGUCUUAGUUAGACAUUUCUUGCUGUCUCUGAUGCAAUUAAGUUAGUAUUUUAAGCGUGUCUUCCCCUUCCUCUGUGGUCACUCGGGCACCCUUGCCCAUUCAAUAGCUUUUAGAACCCAAUUGCUUCAGGAACACCCCCCCCCCAGAGCUCUAGUGUUGGUUUUUCCCUUUCCCUUUACCUAAGCAGCCACCUUGAAGUGUGAACGGAUGUAGGAGGUUCAGCCUCAAGAAGGCAAGUUAACCAUAAGCAUCACUUCUCUGGGCUCAAAGGAAGAAGUGUGUGCAUUAGAACAAUGACUCAGUUCCCUGUUGUUUCCCCCCUUCAAACAGCAUCUACUGCCAGCAUGAGCAUCUAAUGACUAUAAGGAACAAGAGGUUUGUGAAGGUCCUCCUGGGGGCCACUUAAAGUUUCAUAGUGCUUGCUACCAGGUAAAUAAGUACUGAAGUUUGUAUUAGAAGAGGACCUCUGAGGAUGCUUCAGUUGUGCUGAUAAAUGUGGACUAUAAACUCUACAAAAUUGCAACACAAAUUCAAGACAUCAGUGAGUUCAAUUAGAAAUGCAUUUAUUUCACUUACUUCACUCAUACACAGAUUCAUUUAUUCAGUGUGUUUAUCUUUUUUUUUUUCAGGAUCCAACUUAAGCUUCUAAUUUUAAUUAUGUCUGUGACAACAAUAAUUUCUUUAAAGUAAAAUGCAUUCCAUUAUUAACUGAACUGCCACUAGCCAGCAUCAACAUCAGAGUGGUUUAUUGACAUGCUUUUUCUGUCAGAUUGGGUGGCUAGGUUUGUCCUUUGGUUUUUUUAGUUACUUGUGUGGUAUUUGUUGCACUAUAUUAAAAAUGUAUCUAAACUCUACCAAGCUUAACUAAGCAGAGAUAGCAGCUGCAUAUGAAUAAAUGGUUACAUGAAUGAUUUUAGAAACAUGACCCAAACUAUCCUAGACUGAAAAGUUACUGUUCGUUGCUAAUCUUCAUUGCAAUGUUGGAAUGUUUCUUUAGACACCUUUUGGUGUGCUUGCAAACUGGCCCAUCUGCCUGGGGAACUGUCUUUGUCGAAAUUUUAGUCUUCAUGGCAGACCCUGGGAACUUUCUUUGUGUGCAUGCUCAGUGUCUGAGUGCUAGACCUAGAAGGCCUUUCUGCUCACUCUGAAUGGUGCAGUGUCCACAGAUCUGCCUGUUAGUGGAUGCUACCUGUACUUUAGAUGUCUGUCGAUGGAAUGGAGAAGUCUCCUUGGUAUGCUCAACUUUUCAAUAGUCAAACCAGCUUUUUGGAGUUAUUUAUAUUGUAUGUGUUUUUUUAUUCCUAGAAAUCAGUUAAGAUGUAAACCUAUUUUACACCCUUGAGUUUAAUUAGAACAAAUUAGGUAAAAGAUAAAUUUGGAUAAACUUUAUGAACAGAAAUGGGGGAAAAAUCUUUGCCUCUAUACUGCACCUAAAGGGCUCUAGAUCCUAGACAUAUAGUAUCCCCUAGUGGGGGGAAAUAAGUAGUGAGGAUUUAUAUAAAAUUUGCCUACUUAUUGUUAGUGGUAUUUCAUAAGUAAAUGUAUUUUUAAACCAUUCUAAAAAUGCUUGGCAUUCUCAUAAAACAUCUUUGUGUAGUUUAUUGACAUAUUUACAGCUGGGACACACUCAUACCACUACCCCUGUCAUCACACACUUGUAAAUACUGACACCUUUUUUGAUGAAGCGAAAAUCCCCAUUGAUGGCACUUUCUCUGUGCAGGGAAAAGGGGGCAUUUUGCUAUACACCAUCUGUAAUGCACAUCUUACUUAAAAGUUCAAUGAAAUGGAUUCUUCAUGUGGAUUUGCUUAGUCUGUGGCCAUGCCUUCUAAAACAGAGAGGGUGGAAAGAAAGUGCAUUUUGCAAACAUUGGAGGUAACAGAAAUGAAUCAUCUCAAAACCGCCACAAGUGGAGUAUUAAGAGUAGAUCAUGUAGCUAAGGAGACAUUAGACUUUAUUGUUGCAUGGUCAUUUUAUACUUCCAUAUUUUUAAAAAAUCAUAUAGGCUAUUUUAGAAGCACUAUCCUUACAGAAUGUCACCAAGUCUCACCUUUAAUUUCCCCUCAGAAAUUGUUGGUGGUGGACUUUCCAUCAGUUAUUACUUGAUGAAAUGAGGCUGUGGACUACCUGUGUGUUUCAUUCACUUGUGUUCAUUUUUCCUUCAUUGUGGACAACUGAGAGUUGCUGUGGCUUUUUUAUGUAGUGGAAAUAUCACCAUAUUUCUGUCAUUUGUGGCUAAGGAUUGCUUAGGUUCAUGAAUGCUGUUCUCAUAAACACAGAUAGUACAUGAGCCACGUGUCUAUCUGGCCUGUCAGGGAUGUAAGCAUGACCUGUAUUUUACUAGUGAGUCUGUAAUCCUUGUCAAAGUGAAGCUUGAGGCUUGUCUGGUGUGUCCAUGUGAUGAUUUUUCCACGCAUUGUUUCAUCAUCCCUAGAAAGCGUGAUGAAUGGGAACUGUCCUGUAAUUCCUGUUAAUAUAUUGUUAAUGUCAGAUGUGACGUGGUGCCAUUCAACUGUCCAAAUGUACAACUACUUAAUGGUGUUUGUAGAACUGAAAUGUCGUAAAUGUUGCAUGAAGUAUGUUCUAAAAAAUAGAUUUGUUUUCUAUUUUCAACACCUCAGAAUUGAGGGUUCAUGGGCCAAUAAGUGCAAUAUUUAAUGACUUACUCAGUGUAUAUAAACUAGUGUGAAAGUGAAUUAUGAUGAAUGUGUGAGUUGCUUUGGUAGCCAUGUGCUUACUCAAAUGAUUUCUUGUAGUAGUAUUUGUCCAGUGGUGCAAUUUAUACAGUAAACAUUUUACUGGCACCAUGGGAAUCUCCUCUGUGCCUACUGAAAAGUAACUUUUUUUUCCCAUUUGUAAACCAAACAUUUAGUAUCUGAAAACACAUUGUCAGUUUUACCUUUUAGAAUUGUGGGCUUCAUUUCCAGGAAAGAAUGCUGUGAGUUUGUUUUAUAAAAGUAUUCAUCUCUAUAGCUCAGAAUUUUCCCUAAUCUUCAUACAAGAGUGUAUUAAGCAGCUAAUUUAGAUACCUAAGAAAAAUAUGCAUAUCCAGAAGUCACCUUUUCUCCUCAGGAAAGUUGAUCACAUGUUCCGUCUGCAGAAACGCUCCACUCUUGUAUUGUAUAUAUAUAUUUUAUUGUUGCUUAAUCUUGUUCUUUGUUUGCGAGCUCAGCAAUGUCAGCCUUGGGAUCUCUUAGCAUUAUCAGUGUCUUUUUAGUUUGUAGAUAAUGUUAUAUCCACCUUCAACUCUCAAUUGUCCACAAUGCUGAUAUAAAAGAAAGAAAAAUCAAUCAAAAUCCUUAACCCAUUUUGAAUGUUACUACACACAGAGAAACAUAUGCGCACACACACACACACACACACACACACACACACACACACACAUUAAAACUCUAGUUGGAUUGUCACAGUGAAACGUAUUUAUGUAUAUGAAAGGUAAGCUAGAUCACCACUUUAAUUUCCUAUUUGCUAUAUCAAUUAUUAAGGUAGAGCCUAAUUUUAGCAGUCUUCAUUUUUUCUCAUGAUUGUAGCAAUCCAUUAUACCUUUAGGAAGCAUGGUUUAGUCACUGAAAUCAAUGGAGUGCAGUUGGUUCCAGACGCCAUGGCUACCUGUACACAGUAACCAUUCUGCUCUCUUUAUGACAUCUGACCAGAGGUUGACAUGUGAAGAGUGCCAAUCAUAUAAUGAUGCUGAGUUGUGUGGGCAACAUGUGGCCCAGAUGUCACUGAGCCAGGUAGGAAGUUGUACCCAUCUCUCAAAACCCACUGGAGAAGUGAGGUGAAAGUGAUGGAGGGAAGAUGGAGAUAGCGAAGACUUAGUGCCAAAUUAAAAGGAAAAUGAAAGUAGAAGCAGGUAGCUGACCACAGAAUGAUAUUUAUGAGUGUGUGAAAUAUUUCAUUUGUUGUCACAUGGUCACUGAUGGCCACGUGCUCAGCACUGUGGGAAUUCAACAUGGAAGAAGUGUGGCAAAAGUAGGUGGUGCAAUCUAAGUGGUAGACUAUGGCACCAUAUAGGAGCCAAAAAAUGGAGAAUUAUGAUAACGAGACUAGUCAAGGGUGGCUCCUAUGCAGGGCCAUGGUCCUGGGAAGAAUUAGGUGAGGAGAUUGUGUCAAGCAUGCCAAUGCAAAAAGCCACAGUGCAUUCCCUGCGAGUGGAAGGGUAGCAGAGUUAGCAACUAUGGAGAUGGAAACCCACAAAUUACCCAACUCUGCAUUCUGAUCUCCAUGGAGAAGGCAAGCCGCUACAUCAUUGUAUCCCCCUGCAUUGAGCAGCCUCAGCUCAGCCACAAAACACAGCCGCUUUCAAGCCACUUUAGAGCAGUUAAUGUAGACAUUUGCCAAUGAAGCAAACCACUAGACAUUGCCUAACCUGACAUCCCCCAGGUAGAUAUGUGUUCAGACUUUUCUGUAGCUCUGGUUUUGUUUAGGGGCAUUGAACAAUGCACAAAGAAAGACUCUCCUUUUCUGACCGGGUACUUUGGUCUCCUUCUUGGUGAUGACACUGUGGAACUCUCCUUGAGACAAUAUUUAAUGCUUUCUUCUAGUGAUUGUGAUGUUUAGUUGAAAACUACCGCUGCAUAGCAAGUAUUGUGACUCCUCCUGUGUCCACAGAAGCUCUUGUCUGAGUUUAAAGCUAUAAAGCGUAUUCACAUUGUGAAAUUACUAUUAUUAUUACUAUUGAAAUUAAAUGUGUAAAAAUGGUACGUGCUCUGUUAGAUAUCUAGUUUAUGUGUGAAUUCUGUAUGGUUUUGUUCUCUGAGUUUAUCUUGUUUUAUUUUUUGAAGAUUACAAUAAAUAUCUAAGAGACUAUAUUCCUGAAA